CCUCCGCGCUUUCCGUCCUGACAGCUGACAGCAGAGUGCAGAGUUCAAACCAAACAGGCUGUUUGUAGAAGUGCAACCUCAGAUUAAAUCCGUUUUUAAAUCUUAAAUAUGCACAGGUUAAAGAUCAUUUCUGGCCACUUGUCCCCCGCUGGUUCCUCCACACGUGUGCGGAGGUCGCAGUGCGGGUCUGCCGGCAGCAGCAGCCCGGAGGACGUGGUGGUGGUUCAUGGACGGAGGACGGCCGUCGGGAAGGCGAAGAGAGGAGCGUUUAAGGACACGACGCCUGACGAGCUGCUGAGUGCGGUGAUGACAGCUGUGCUCACAGAUGUUGGACUUUCAGCCGACAAGCUGGGGGACGUUUGUGUCGGUAAUGUGUUGCAGCCCGGUGCCGGUGCUCUGAUGGCCAGGGUGGCUCACUUCCUCAGUGGGUUUCCAGAGACGGUACCCUGCUACACCACCAACAGACAGUGCUCCUCUGGACUGCAGGCUCUGUUCAACAUCGCAGGAGCCAUCAGGAGCAGAUCCAUUGACCUGGGCCUCGCCUGUGGCGUGGAGAGCAUGUCUCUGCGUGAGCUAGGAAAUCCAGGAGAUUUGAGCUCCAGGCUGACCGACAUCGACAAAGCCAGAGACUGCAUCAUCCCGAUGGGCAUCACCUCAGAGAACGUCGCAGAGAGAUUCGGGAUCUCCAGAGAAAAGCAGGACGCCUUCGCUCUCAGUUCUCAGCAAAAAGCGGCCCGGGCGCAGAGCUCCGGUCUGUUCGAGCAGGAGAUCGUUCCCGUCACCACCAGGUUUGAGGACAACGAGGGCAAGGAGCGCCAGGUGACGGUCGCCAAGGACGACGGCAUCAGAGCGGGAACGACUCUGGCGGGACUGAACAAACUGCGGCCGGCCUUCAAACCGGACGGCAGCACCACAGCAGGUAACUCCAGCCAGGUGAGCGACGGGGCGGCGGCCGUGCUGAUUGGUCGCAGGUCUGCGGUCGAGGCUCUGGGUCUGCCGGUCCUGGGGGUCCUGAGGGCCAGUGCGGUGGUGGGGGUCCCUCCGGAUGUCAUGGGUAUCGGACCGGCAUUCGCCAUCCCUGCAGCUCUGGAGCAGGCUGGACUGACUGUGGACGAUAUCGACGUGUUUGAAAUCAACGAGGCCUUUGCCAGUCAGGCGGUGUACUGCGUGGAGAAGCUGGGGAUCCCUCUGGAGAAGGUGAACCCUAACGGGGGAGCCAUCGCUCUGGGUCACCCUCUGGGCUGCACCGGAGCUCGACAGGUGGUGACGCUGCUCAACGAGCUCCGACGCCGAGGAAGGAGGGCGUACGGCGUUGUGUCCAUGUGCAUCGGGACCGGGAUGGGAGCGGCUGCUGUGUUUGAAUACCCGGGACCAUAAGAGCCUAAUCAAGACUCUGUCACUGUGAUUAAAAGCCCCUUUCAGACACGACAGGUAAAAUGGUUAAGACCUCAUAAUGUUUUCUGUACGGUUCAGGUGUGAGUAGUUACAUCACCUGGAAUUUGACACAUAAGAUCAUAAUGUUUAAACAGCAUGGAGACCAAUUACAACAGUAUUUGACAAUGUUUCUGCAGGAUACCAGUUACUCAAAAGGCAGAAUGAGUAUGAUUUUCCUAAAAAAAAAGCAAAAAAAACAAUGUAUAACAAUCCCUCUCAAUCACCAUAUAGUCUAGCAUUUAAAGUAUCAAUUACUAGUCUUUCGUAAUUGGCCGCCGUGCUGUUUAAACAUCAUGAUUUUAUAUGUACGAUUGCAUGUUACCUGAGCCGUUAGGAAAAUGUCUUGAACCUCUUAUUGUGGAUGUUUAUGCGGUAAACAUCUCUGAACUAAUAGGCAAAGUACAUAACUAAAUAAUGGACCUGCUAUUGGAAGAGUGACAAAAUCAAAAAGUCGUAACUUUUCAGACUACUAAGCUCAGCAGAGUGACGGGUUCCACGUCUGAAAGGGGCUACAGAGAGAUUUAACAUCCACCUUUAAACUAACGCUGCACUUUAGAUGUUAAUACUCGUAUAGAAGAUAAAGUUCAUAUAGCACCUGAUUAAGUGCCUUUGAUUUCAUGUUGCUGAUCGAGCCACUUGCGUUAAUUCUUCAAUUUAAAAAAACAGGUAAAUGUUGAAGGAAGGCGCAGAGACAAAAGGUUUCAACUGUGUUUUUCUGUAAACCGUCAAACCAACAAUGUAAAGAAAUCCAACAACCUUCUUUUUACGCAGACGUGCUGUCAUUUGGAAAAUAAUGGCUUGAAUGAAGCGUAGAUCACGGUUUGUGUAUCACCAUUCCAAAUGAAACGCACCAUUUAAUAUUUGGCUUCAAAAAUCAGGAAUUAAUGUGUGAAGAUACGGAGUUAUAUUUCCUGUUUGAGGAUGAUAUGAAUAGAUUAUGUUUUGUCAAAUCUAAAACUGUAAUUAUGUUUGUAAAUGAGUUUGAUCGUCAGAUAACGGGCCUCAUGCAAGAACAUAUUCAUAUCCUAAACCUCCUAUGAGCCUUCCGAGUCAAAUUCAACAAACUUUGACUGGAUGAACUUGUUUCAGCCGGAUUAACACGACCCGUUAAUGAGGAGGUGUGCGUCCCCGUCAACAUGACCUACACCCAUGAAAUGGACGUAUUAAAGCUGCGUGUUACUCUCCAUUUGCGGAAAGUUUUAUUCACAAGGAUAUGUGAGUAAAUAGAAAAGAAAAGAAAAAAAUCAAACUGCAUAGUUUCAAAUCUGAUGAUGGAAAUCCACAGAGGAAAGGACAAAUGUGUCAUCGCCAGCUGUUUUAUUCAAGGCUUUGUUAUUCAACUUUUGAUGUGAUCCUUAUAAAUGUUUACUUAAUAUCUGACACAUUGAAAUAACAACUGUUACUAUUAAAUCUAACUACUGAAAAAUCUGGGAAUGAAAAAAAAUAAAAAUCUUAAACCACUCAAACGUCAUUCUACUUGUUCUAGCAUGAGGCUCAGACUAUCACUGCUAUUUUCUACAAUGACUUUUAAAUAACUGUACUGAUUUUUAUACGUGUAAAAAAUAAAACAUUUCAACAUGA